CACACAGCAGAAUAGACAAUGACACCAACUGUUCGAGGAAAAUCAUAGUCAGAAACUAUAAAGCAAUAAUAUAAUUAGCCUAUACAGCCUCAAAAUGAAGUUUUAACGUCUUUGAAAAUUUUACAAAAACUUUUUAAUUUUUUCAAUACAUAAAUUUCGAAAAAUAGUUGAUUAUAUCGAAAAGAAAUAGAGAUAUACAGAUAGUGCUAUUGAAGUUAGGUUAUGAACUUCAUACUUUUUUGUACCUUUUUUUGUAAAACUCUCUAACUCACGAUAAAUAAAUUUAAUUUAUCUUUCUCUCAUUUUUAUUUAAUAAAUACAAUUCUUUCCAUUAUCUCAGUGUAAUAAAAUAUCAUAAUAUCCACCCUUUCUUUAUUUGUGUACAGUUUGGUUCGGUACUCUUGAAAACUAGGGGAAGCUUCUAUGUUACUUGUUACUUACAACCCCAACCCCCAACCUUAAUUUUCUGAUUUUGAUAUUCCCUUUCAUUUAUGUGUUGAUUGUAGUGUUUAUUUCAUACAAGUUGAUUAGGGAUAAAAAUCGAUUAUAUUUACAUAUUGUUAUUCGGCUCAAGUGUUUGAAAAUUGUUGAUAGUUCUGUUUCUAAUAAUACGUAUGGUGAUUAUUCAAUUCCAUGAAUUUAAUAACUGGAAACGAGCGAAACAUUAUAGCAAAGCUAGAAGCCAUAAAAGAAAUAAGAUCCAAGUCACUUCAACUAGAAAAACUGAAGACUCGCAUCGUUCAAGAAGUGGAGUCCAGCGAACAAGAAGGAAAAUGCUUAUCAGAAUACAAGCAAGAAAUGGAUCUUCUCAUGCAAGAAAAAAUGGCUCAUGUAGAGGAGUUGAGGCAGAUCCAUGCUGACAUUAAUUCUAUGGAGAAUGUGAUAAAGAAGGCAGAGGAGGCAAGAACUAGAGCGUUGGAGAGAGCAAGAAGAGUGCAUGAUGACUAUCGGCCGCUGAAGAUGGACAUCGAUCGACUGCGACGAGACUACUUGGGCCUCGAUCGAUUGCCAGAACUGCAUGAAGAGGAGAGAGAGCUCAUCACUCCUGAAAUGUUCGCAUCGCGAUCGUUCUUCGACAAGCACUACAAGGCGGCGUCGGCGGGCGACUGGCGACCGGAGGCGACGAUCACUAGUUACGCGGCCGCUCACCAGGCGGCAGCAGCAGCGUCGGCGUUUCUCACGCCUGUGCAGCCACCGCUCCAGCUGCUGCAGCCCAGCACUAGCAAGGUCGAUCAUCGGCCACUUCCGCCCAUGCCGGGGCCUGCGCCCACUUUCAGACAACAACCACCGCCCAUGAAGUCAUGUCUCUCCUGCCACCAGCAAAUCCAUCGCAAUGCACCCAUCUGCCCGCUCUGCAAAGCCAAAUCUCGUUCAAGGAACCCCAAAAAGCCCAAGAAGAAAGACUAAUGUGACCUCAAUAAUUGCCAAGGACUUUAUUCACAAUAUAUACUUACCCAUAUGCAUUUUUCUCAUCUCUUUGUGUAUACUAUAAAUAAGUAAUUAUUGUUACAACUUCUAGCUGUGCCAAAUUUUUGAUCGUCUCUUUGAUCUCAUUGAUGAUUUGUGUGUGUAAAUUUUGUGAUUUUAUUUUAUAUAUUUGUAUGCAGUAGUAGUUUAUUCUGAUUGGUGUGUCUGGCCAAUCGAUUCACGUGUACUUUAUGUUGACUUUAUAAGUCAUGGAAUAGGCGUUUUAUCGUAUCUAUAUUAUUUAUUACUCUCAAUAAAAUUAAUGUACAAUAUCAG